GCUAAUCGCAAAUCCCCAUACCAAUCGGCGCCCGAAAUUACCUUAUAUGAUCAAAAUUUAAAUUCUUCUUCAUCGCAAACCCCGCUCUCUGUGCAAAGGUCUCUCCAUCCUUGCCCUGCCUCUGCUUCGGCUGCCUUUGCCCUUCUUUACGGAAAACAUCGCCGGUUAUCUUUCCUUGCAGCCGGCUGGAGUCAAUUCAAGGUUUGGUAUCUCGUAGAAGCUGAAAUUUAGGCAAUGGAAGGGAUGGAGCUGUGGAAGGAGCAAGUGGAGGUGUGGAGGAAUCAGUUGGAGCAAUGGCUGCAUCAAGCAAUUGAGUAUUCUCACCAAAUACCCCCGACUCAGCUUUACAUUGCAAUAGCUGUCUUGGUUGUAACUACCCUCUUGCUUCUCUCCAUUCGCUUACUCAAACGCACAACAUCUAAUACCAUUGUACUCACUGGUCUUACUGGGAGUGGAAAGACAAUUCUUUUUUAUCAACUUCGUGAUGGGUCUUCACAUCUUGGUGCUGUUACAUCAAUGGAAACGAAUGAAGGAACAUUUCUGCUACAUUCUGAAAGCUCUAAGAAGGGCAAAAUCAAACCUGUUCAUCUUUGUGAUGUUCCUGGUCAUUCUCGUCUCCGAACCAAGCUAGAUGAGGUCCUGUCUCAAGCAGCUGGCAUUGUGUUUGUUGUGGAUGCUUUGGAAUUCUUACCAAACUGCCAUUUAGCUUCAGAGUAAUGACUAGCUAAACUUUGUAGUUAGUUAGGUUUUUUUUACUUUUUUUUUUUUGGAUAAUUAGCACACAAGAAUACAAGAUCUUUCUCUCAAUAUAUUGUUAAGAAACUUAAUUAUUUUUC